CAGAGAGGAGCAAACCUAAUGUGCAGCAGGAAAACAGGGCUGGGUGAAGCCUCCCAGACUGAGGAUAAUGUGGUGGAGAUGAAGGUUGUGGGACCAUCACAGCUGGAGUUUUCAAAUGGCUUAACCACCCCUUUUUUAGGAAGGAGGGAGAGAGAGGGAUCUCCCUGAGCUCUUUUCCCACCAUCUACUCAGUGCUGUGAUCCCAGUGUGGGUGUCUGCACCCCUCUCCCCCUGCUCAUGCUGGUGUGGGGUCGGUCCUGGUCUUACUGAACCCCAUUCCACCCUUCUCCCUCCCAUCGCCAGGGCUCAGUGCGCUAAAAAUCACGGAAAGGAAGGUGGCAGGGGAAUUCGGGGCUGGCACGCGUGCGGGUGAGGUUUAUUCACCCCGGGGCGGGCAGCAGCUUGGCAGCGCCGGCUUCCCUGAGCAGCGCUCCUGCUCGUCCUGCUGCAGCCGCCGGCAUUUCCCUGAGCUCCUCUCCGCACCUUCAUCCGCCAAAACCGCUUCGGAGAGGUUUUUUUCCUGGGAUCGGGACGGGCUGGUGCUCUUGUGGCAGAGAGCGGCAGAGAGCGGCAGGCAGAAGCAGCUGGCUCCUUCCCGGGGAAGGCAGGCAGGGAGCCGGGAGCCGGGGGCCGGAGGAUGCUCGCCGCGGUGCCCGUCCGCGGGGAUGCGGGGUUGCUAGGAGGCAGGUGAAGGUGAAGGUGAAGAGGAGAGCGCUGCGGAGGACCGCAGGCCCAGAUCCGCAUGUCAGACCAGAACAGCACCGACGAUGGGGAGUCAGACCCCCAGCACAGCCUGUCUAUGGUCUUCCUCCUCGUCCUGGUCUUCUUCAUCAUGGGGCUGGUGGGUUUCCUGAUCUGCCAUGUCCUGAAGAAGAAGGGUUACCGGUGCCGGACCUUCCGGGACGAUCUUGACCCAGAUAACAAAGAUGUGCUGGCAGAGCUCCAGGACAAUGAAGAGGAGGAGCUGAACGAGGACACCGUGGAGAAGAUCGUGAGGUGCAUCAUACAAAACGAAGCAAAUGCAGAGGCUCUCAAGGAGAUGCUGGGGGAAAAUGAAGGGGACCUCCCAGUGCCAGUGAGCCUUUGUCCCCACAGCCAGGAUGGGGGCCCACCACACCACCACACGGUGCACCUGGGCUCCACACAGGCCCCCUGCAUCCACUGCAGCCGCAGGAAGAGGCCCCCGCUGCAGCGCCAGGGACGGUCCAAGGAGGGCAAAGGCCGGAUGCAUCCCGGAGAGACCACUGUCUUCUCAGUGGGCAGGUUUCGCGUCACACACAUCGGGAAGAAACCCGCUGUCCCAGAGCAGCAGGACGGCCCCCUGCCCGACGGCAGCCGGGAGCUGAGCACGGAGGAGCUGGAGCACAGCAGCGAGCGGCUCCAGCGGGAGCGGGCCCUCAAUGGGACUGUCCCCACGGGGGGCCUGCAGAACGGAGACAUCCAGAGCGGCAAAGGUGUGGAGCAGAGCCUCUCCACCACCCCGGCCCCCAACACACCAGCCAGCUCUGGCACUCGCGACAGCCGUCGAGCGGGCACGGGGUCCGGCAAGGCGGGCUCGCCGCAGGAUGCUGGCACUGCUCCCGGGAGCGUGAGCCGCCAGAGGAGGCUCCUGAGCCAUCCGGCGCUGGGAGGGUCGAGUCCCAGCAUCCCGGGAGAGCUGGCGCGGGAAGGAGCCGGCAUGUGCCUGGAGGAGGUCGGACUGGGGUCGGCAGAUGAAGUGUCGGAUAUUCACGGGAGCCUGAGUCUGCACGAGCAGGCUGAGGAGUUGGGGAGAGACGACAGCAGCAGGAGACAGCCUGGAGCGGAGGACGAGGAGCAGCAGGAGCCCAGCGCCGCGGAGAAGGACUGGAGAUCAGCGGUGUGACCUCCUCUCCGCUCCCGGCUGGAGCGUGGACAGGAGGCGCGCAGCCCCCGGCCCCACGCCGGGCGGGGGGCUCUGCCGUGGGGCAGCCGCGGGGCAGCCGGCCCCGGCCCCGGGUGGGCAGCUACGCGCUUGGCAUGGCCGGAGCGACGCGCCGGCGUUACCGACAACCGCGCUCGGCGCCAGACCUCAUCCCAUUGGCAAUAGGUACCCGAUCCCACCCACCGCACCCGCCCCGGAGACCCCCCCGGGGGGCAGGCGGGCAAGGCAGGGGCAGGACAGCGCCCUGUCCCCGCCGCCCACCCGGCCCCUGCAGCCCCCCCAGCUCCGGGGCAAGGAUCAGAGCGGGGGCUGCAGCGAGGGGCGGGGAUGGAGGCAGCGGCUCGGGCCCCCCCGGGCGGGGGGUAGCACCCCCCCACCCACCCGGCACGUUCACUGCAGAGCACAGCCCCCCCGGGCACUCCUGCCACGCAGAGCGGGCACAGGCACAAAUCCUGCACCGGCGAGGGACCCUGCCGGUCCCCGGGGGAUGCUGGCGGGGACAGGAGCUUCCAGCCCCAUCCCAGCACAGGAGGGGCCGGAGCCCGGCCCAGGGGCGGGAUCACCCCCCGGCCAGGCCAGCGGGCAGCCCCGGUGCCUGCCCGAGCUUCGGUGUAACCGCCCUGUACAUAGACGAGCUACAAUCAUUAAAGCUGCUGAACCCCUC